AUGACCCGCCCAACUAGUAGAGUCCAACUCCUUGCGCUCCUGCUAAUCCUGAGCAGGAGUUGCGCCGCUUUCUCCAAUGACGCCACAGAAUCACUCAGUGCACAGCCGACCCACGCCACUCAGGACGAGCCACCUAAUGAAGAUACAAACCAAGCAAGGAAUGGUGGGAGACAGCAGUCUAAACUAGUCAAUAAUGGACCAGACCAAAGCCAGGUGGGCUGCAGGGAGUUGAGAUCAACCAAGUACAUUUCAGAUGGCCAGUGCACCAGCAUCAACCCCAUUAAAGAGCUGGUCUGCGCCGGGGAGUGUCUGCCGGCUCACCUGCUCCCCAACUGGAUUGGCGGGGGUUACACCGGGAGGUACUGGAGCCGGAGAGAGACCCAGGAGUGGCGUUGCGUCACCGACCGAACCCGGACCCAGCGCAUCUGGCUCCAGUGUCAGGACGGCAGCACCAGGACCUACAAGAUAACAGUGGUGACCUCCUGCAAGUGCAAACGGUACUCCAGACUACAGAAUGACUCAGGACACAAGGACACUUCAGUCCACAGCGGCAAACAGAAGAGAAAACACAAGAUCAGGGAUCAACUCCCUGAGGAAUAA